CUCCUUUAAUAUUUACACGAGUGAGGAUCCUAAUCCUUAUAAAUCAGUGCUCCAACGUUUGAUGUAUAUUGAAACUUCUAUGUAUAUAUUUUCUAUAUUUAAUAAUAUAUUUCUUUAGAUGAUCUGCCGUUCACCUAUGGAUGGAUCGUAAAGUGUAUGUUUUACUUAGUCGUGUGUAUUGUUAUAAUCACAAUACCGUUUUGGCUAUCGAGUGCAGCUAUAUAUUUGCCGUUCGGGUUCGGGAUUAGGUACUUCAGAAACAAGAAUCAAGGUAAUUCAUUACCAAGUAUAGAAAAACGAGAACCUGUACAAAUAUAUCUUCAGGUGUCUCAAGGAACAGGCGUAGCGCAAAUAAAAGAUACGUCGGAGGCAGAGCGAUCGAAACCUCUCAAGGCUGCGUUACCUGAAAUCGAAGAUGUAACAGAUAAAUCCGAUGAUUUGUCUAAAGGUGAUGUUGUGGACAAAAUAGAAACGAAUGAUAACAAGAAGAGCCAGGAAUGUGAAGAAGAAAGGGUGAAGAAACACGACGGAAGUGGAGAUAAUUAAUAAUAAUUGUGAUAAUUAACAAUGAGUGUUCAGUUUUUUUAUUGUAAAAACGUUACUUACAUGUUACAAGAGAUGAACUGUUUAAUUUUGUACGAUGAAUUACUAACUUGUUUUUA